AGUGUUGCUUCUCUACUUCCCUCUCCGCCAUGGCUAGUCGGAAGAAAUACUACGUCCUUCUUCUGGACGUGGGUAGAACCAUGUCCGAUACCUGUCCUUCUACAUCACAGCAGCCACAAGCAGGUCGUACCAAGAUGGACCUUGCGAUAGAGGCGGCAAAAUUGUUCAUACAGCAGAAGCUGAUACUGGGUGGUAAGAGUACACAAGUAGCAUUGGUGUUGAUAGGGAGUCAAAGGACACGUAAUAGAUUACAACAUGGUGGAUAUCAAAACAUAGAGGUUAUCAAGGACCUUGCAGUGCCUGAUAUAGACUUUUUGCGCUGUCUCACUUCUAUCGAUUAUGGCAGUCCGUACACAGCAGAUGUGGUUGGUGGUCUGAUAGUAGCGCUAGAUAUGAUACACAGUGCUACCGAGAAGAGUAAGGCGAGGUCCCAAAGAACGGUCCUUAUCCUGACCGAUGGGUGCACUCCAGUACAGGGUGCUGCUGAUUUGCCUAGCAUAGUGCAGCGGAUGAACGAGAUCAAUGUAGAGCCUAUCAUUGCCACCUUCGGGACGCCUUUGCCUGAGGUCCAUGCUGUACUUGAGUCGGUAGCGGCUCGAUCAGAGAAGGGACAGUAUCUGCAGGAGGAAGCACUAUUCGAGUUAUUAACACAGGUUAGGAGCAAAGACACACAACAGAUAUCCAAAUGUCGGGUUGACCUCGAACUGACGAAGUAUAUGAAGAUCCCUAUAUGGUGUUAUCUCAAGACUAGUAAAGUGACGCUGCCAACACUGAAGAAGGAAAGUACUCACACUUCAGCAGCUGUGAAGAUGGAUAGAGUGUACUACGCUGUAGAUGACCCCGAUGGAGAAGCCAUACCUGCUGAAGAGAGAGCGAAAGCAUACAAGUACGGUUCGCAGUUCGUGCGGUUCGAGCCCUACGAUGAGGCAUCGUUGAAGUACCAUUCGGACAAGUGUCUCACCAUGCUUGGCUUUGCCCGAUCGGAGACGAUCCCCGAGGAGUUGAUGAUAGGGGAGUCCAUUGAGUGCGUAGCAGCUGAGCCCAACAACGUCGAUGCUGCUAAGGCGCUGAGUAGUCUUAUCAAGGCUAUGGAUGCCAUGGGAGUGUAUAUGCUGGCUCGCUACUGCUUCCGCAACGACGUUAAGCCAAAGUACGUUUGUCUGGCCCCUCACAUUUCCGAACGUCACACCUGUCUGUAUAUGAAUCAACUACCAUAUAGUGAUGAUGUCCGUACUGAUGGUAUUAUAUUCGAUGAUUUCGAUACGGACUUGACAGACAAGGAGACGAUUGCUAUCGAUAGGCUUAUGGAUAGUAUGGACUUGGAGGAUGAUGGGGACUAUCAUGAACUACUGAAGAUGAAACAAAUCUUCAACCCGACACUACUCCGAUUUUGGCGCACGGUCGUACGAAGAGCAGAGGAUCCUGAGGCACCAAUAGUGGGAAUUGACAAGCAGAUUGAUGCGUGUCUCCAUCCAGAGAGGAUCAUUGAGGCACGCUUCUUGAAAGAUGUCAAUGCGUUAAGGGAAGUAUUUACUUUAGUGAAAGUACCAGUUGAUAAGAAGAAGACCAAAAGGUACUGGAGGGAUGCCGUCGAUCGAGAGGCAGAGGGGUCGUCGAAGAAACCUCCCAGUGUGGAUCCUACUAAACUGGUCUUUGACUUCCCGACAUCGGACUCUAUUCCAGGGGGAGCGCCCUCGACUUCGGCACAGCAGCAGAGUGGUGAGGGAGGAAGGGCAGAGAUGUUCCCACAAGUUCAGAUAGGAAUGGUAUCCCCAGUGAGGGACUUCACAACAGCUGUGUAUGGCUCUGGGGUCACUAGUGCUUUGCUGGGUGAAGCCUUCCAGAAGAUGACCACAGUAACGGUGCGGCUAUUGCAACAGCCCGGCUACGAGUAA